AUGGAGUUGCAAGUGAACGAAACAGAGUUGCAAGUUAAGUGUGGGGAAGUUGUGAUGGUUCGCCCAUGUUUUCCCUCGCCUAAAACAACUCUCUAUCUUUCGAAUUUGGACGACCAGCCCAAGUUAAGAUUCAUGGCUCGUCAGAUUGUUGUAUACAAAGUUGGCUGCAAUUCCAAUUUGUUGGGUGAUCCAGCAAAAGUAAUUCGUCAGGCUUUGUCCAAAGUAUUGGUGCAUUAUUAUCCAAUUGCAGGGCGUCUGAGAAGCACCCACAAUGGAAAACUUCAAGUGGAGUGUAAUGCAGAGGGAGUUCCAUUCAUGGCUGCCACUUCCCAUAAUACUUUGUCUGUGCUCGGAGAUUGUGAUGACCUCAAACCAUCAUUUCAUCAACUAAUUUCUACAAUUCCUUUCGACGCAGAGAAUGCGAACAUUUAUCCUCUCGUUCUUCAAGUUACUCGAUUCAGUUGUGGCGGAUUUGUUUUGGGAUACGGUUUGAAUCACAGUAUAUGUGAUGGAUUGGGAAUAGGACAGUUUUUAAAUGCUCUUGGAGAAAUGGCGAGAGGAUUUGAUAAGCUCUCAGUGCAACCAAUAUGGGAUAGAGAAUUCCUCAAGCCAAGAAAUCCACAACAUGUGAUGUUUCAGCAUUCAGAAUUAGUUACAGAUAGUUUCAUAUCUUCAUUUCAUGAACAUGAGGAAUUUGUUCAUUACUUUUAUUUCUUGGAUUCCAAGAGGAUAAAACAAACCAAGCAACUUCUUAUGGAAGAGUGUAAUGAAAACUUCUCUUCAUUUGAUAUUGGGGCAGCGUUGGUUUGGAGGGCAAUGACCAAGGCUUAUAAGAUCUCAGACAGCCAGAAUGUGAAGCUUAUGUUUGCAAUGAAUUCAAGGAAAUUAUUCAAGCCACCAGUCCAAAAUGGAUAUUAUGGUAAUUGCUUCUACCCUGUAUGUGCAACGGCUAGAGCUGAAGAACUUCAUAGUAUUUCAAUUUUGCUGGCAACCAUGACUAUAAAGAGAUCAAAGUUGUUAUUGAGUGAUGAGUAUUUGAGAUCAGGAAUUGACUUUGUAGAGACCAGUAGACAGGUAUUGAAUGAACAAGUGCAUGUACCAAUGAAGAAUGUUUUGAUUAUGAGUGAUUGGAGAUUUCUAGGGUCUAAUACUGUGGAUUUUGGAUGGGGUUACUCGUCAAUUGUAAGUCCAAUAGAAUGGAGUGGAUUUUUCCAUGCAAAUUUUGUUCUCUUACUUCCACCUCCAAAGGGUAAGGAUGGAAUAAAGAUAUUGGUAUGCAUGCCCCAAACAACAUUGAAAUUGUUUGCAAAGGAAAUGGAAGUAGGAAUUCUUGCCAACUCUAUGAAAAAGGACUCUCAAAGAAGCUUCCUUUAA